UAGAAUAGAGUCUAUUGCUGUUUGCUAACCAACGCCCUUCAACGCAAAAAAAAAAAAAAAAAAAAAAAAAAAAAAAAAAACAGACUCUACUGCCGCCCUUCCAAAGGCCGUCAUGUCCGAUCAACAUUUUCCACAUCAGUGCCCUGAACCUGAAGCGGGCAACAGACAUCUCACACGUGUUCUUCGUCGAGCAGGAAAAGUCGGUCACUUCUUCUCAAGGGAGCAGAUCGCUAGAUCCCCGACUCCCAUCCUGCUGCGCGCCUCCGUUCUCAGAGACGCCAUCCUGCCAGUGAUCAAAACAGCCAUCCGCCGUCAACUUCCACCCAAUAUGAGUCAAUCACUAGAUGUCGACCGUCACGCAGCACAUCUCUGCUAUGGCGUUUGCGUCAUGAUCUAUCUAAAGCUCCGGUCCGUUCACUCCCUGGACUCCGAGCGCAUGAUGAAGUACGCAACGAAGCCUGAGGUUCCUAACAACUUUAGGGUCCUCGCUCCUUACGCACUCGCAAUCUCCCAGCUCGGUAUGCUCAACGUAACCAGUUUGACACGCGAGGUGCGCCUCACCCCUGAUGUCGAUGCAGCGGACGCCGGUUCCUACCUCCUGCCAAGUGGCGCCACGUGGUGUCCGGCCGCUUAUGGGCAAGCCUGCGAGUUCGCUGAGAAGAUUGGGUUGCUGCUCGGCCCCGUGGACCUAUCUCAGAAGAUUGGAUCCAGCUGGUGGGUGUACAAAGUUAGGGUUGAAGAAGAUAUCAUGACACUGCAAUGCCCAAUACCUGAAGACAACUUCUCCGUCGAAUCUGCACUGGUAAGGUCCUUGUUCCUGCGAACGGACGGCUCUGAAGGCGACAACUGGAUCUUCGAGGUUGAGAGUUUCAGUCUCGAUGAUUACGGCUCCAUGUUGCGCAAUCCUCCCGAGGAUAUCGCCAUCACCACCUUCUUUGCGGUUGAAUGGAACGAAUGAGAUUGGACUGAUUGGUCAUUAAUUAGCGAUUAAGCAGAAGUUUUAGUCUUGUUUUGUUAUUGAGAAGUAAGGGAGCGGACAGUUCGUUAAUAUGAGUCUCUUGUGUCUGAUUGGUAAUUUUCCAGCUGGUUGCAGUCCUUUAAAUAGUGUGAAGUGUUGGUGCUGGUGCAGUGGCUUACUAGCUGCAACUUUCAUAUAUAAGACUAUUUAUGUUAUCCAUAGAGCCCGUUUUUGGUGUUACUGUACUGAAGUUCGUUCUUGGAGCUGUCUAGCGACAUUCCAACCAUCCCUGGGCGAGUUUGAUGAUCGAUGGUGGUUAAAGAUUGAACCACCAGCAACCUUGUCAAGGAGGUUGUAUGGUGAGGGAAUUGUUUUGAGUACACGAGCAGCUUAGUACAGGGGAGCGGGGUGUUGUUAUAGUAACAGCAGGAUAAAAGGGUCAAUUAACA